AUGGAGACCGAAGAGACCGAAGGGCUCCCAGGUCCACCUGUUGCCUCACCUAUUAUCGAGGCAGCGCCGACUACUGAAGAGAUUGAAAAGCACCCAGUCCCCUGUCCUGCCUCGCCUGCCAUCGAGCCGAUAUCGCUGUCUCAACCUAGCCUAGAAUCAUUGGAAGAACCAAGUCGCCAGAACGAGACGCUAGAUAGACAGCCUGCCAAUGUGCUACCCCCACAGCAGUCUCACUACCCUGUGAUGAAAGAAGCACUAAAAGUACUUCUUGAAAACACUGUAUCGGUCGUGGAGUACGGGACCCAGGUGCUAUACCGAUGUGGAUAUGCAGAGCCUCUGCUUCUUGUAGAGUGGGUUGUUCCCAAUUCACAGUUGUUGCUGGCUUCACAGCUAUUGCUCGAAAACAACUGGCCCCGCCUUCUCUACUACGAGAGAGAUUGGAAAUACCCCGAAUCCUGGGAAGCUCAAUGCCUGAUGCACGACCUUGAUGGCCAGGGUGGGAUGCGUGUCCAUCUUAUCCCUUUGUCACUGGUUGGGUUCACUCUUGAGGACACCGUCGAGGUUCCUUCGAGUUUUGCCCACGAGUUCAAGCUCCUCACACCCACACCUCCUCAUUACAUGUCUUCCUUGAUACGUCAUCUCCUGCAACUCCCUGUUGGACACAUUAGCAGAAUUCGGGUCGAGAAAGACCUUAUGGGCUUUAUCUCUGCUUACAUCCUCAAAGAUGAACCGGUUGAUAUGACUACUUUGAUCCAUCGUAAGAACCCGGAGAGCGAGGAGGACUACCAGAAAAGAGUUGAAAAAGGGAUCCAGUUCAUGAAGACAUGGGACUGGAGCAAGAUUGAAGAAAGAUACAUUACCAUGGCUGAAUGUGCAGUCCAAGAUUGCCGCUAUAUUGAUACGCUGACGGACGUCAACAGUGGGAACCGCAUGUUCUGA